GCUAGAGGUGGGCGGUCAUCAGCAGCAGCUUGGGCAGUUUCGUCUCCGAAAUCUGCGGGCGGAGCGAUAAGUCCCCCCUCUCUGGCUGUCGCUUAUCAAGACAGCCCGACAAAGGUGCGCUAGACAGGCUGCGAAAACAGGCCGUUCGCCCGGCCUGCUGAAAGAAAAGUAACACAGACGAGGUAACUACUGCGUCAGGUACAAUCUCCACACCCACCACAUUGCACUGAACCACCCCACCUCCACAAAAAUGAGUAGGAACGAAGCAAUGAGAUGCCGCAUGGAUUCAGUUGAAAGCAGUGGUGACGACGCGGACGGGGGAGUCGCCGAAAUGGCCGACUACAUCAGGGGCAAGAAGACAUACACAAAGUGGGACGCAGACACUGACAACGUGGACAUGGACCUGUCACCCGAGGCACCGCACGUGCAAGUGGCCACCAGCCCCGGCUGGUUUUCGGGAACCAAGGGGAGAGUUCUUCGUGUGCUGAUAGUGGGAGUCAUCUUCCUGGUGGGGCUCAUGUGCGGCUAUGUGGCGCGCAAGAGCAUGCGUGAUUUGGGUCAGCCGCCACAGUCGUCUUGCCCCAUGCCCAGGGGCAUCUACUCCUUCAAGGAACGCUUCGCAGAGCAGCUACUCACUGGCGUCGACAAGAAAAAUCUCGACAGCUGGCUACGGGUGAUGAGUGUGCACUACCACAUGGCCGGGACUGAGAGGGGACAGCAGCUGGCCAUGCGGAUUGAACAGGCCUGGAAGGGAUACGGGGUGGACAACACACGCACCGAGGUCUUCAAGCCUCUGCUCUCCUUCCCAGACAAGGAACAUCCGAAUGAGGUGCGAAUAAUGCGGGGUAACAACAUACUAUUCAACACCUCCGAGACUGGGCCUGAAGCAGCCAUGGCGGUGAAGCCAUUUUCGGCUUAUUCGCCUUCAGGAAUCGUUAGGGGCAAGCCUGUGUACGCCCAUUACGGAACUGAAGCCGACUUUGCCCUCCUCAGAAGCAAGAACAUUGUCCUCAACAACACCAUAGCCAUCAUAAGAUACGGAAAGAUACACCGUGGCUACAAGGUGAAACUAGCCGAAGAGAAUGGUGUGGCAGGUGUCCUGCUCUACAGUGACCCCUUUGACAGCCCCACUGACCGGUCAAAUCCAUCUAGAGGAAUGAAACUGCAAGGGGAUGGCGUGGAGCGCGGAAACCUCAAGAGCUACCCUGGUGACCCCGGAACACCUUACCUCCAGCCACAGGUUAACGAUGUCUACAUGCCACCAAGGAGCGACCGCAAGUCUCUAGAUCUUCCCUCAAUUCCUGUACAGCCGGUCAGCUAUAACGAUGCCCGCCAGUUGCUCAACAACAUGUCUGGCAGCAUGGCUCCGGUGGAAUGGCAGGGAAGGUUGAACAUCACGUACAACUUGGGCCCUGGCUACAGCACUGGAGAUGACGUUCAGGUGGAGGUGGCGGUGCACAACAUCUUGCAGCGCUCCAACAUCCAGAAUGUCAUUGGUGUCAUGAUGGGAAAUUUCGAGCCAGGCAGAUACAUUAUCGUGGGCUGCCACCACGAUUCGUGGACCAAAGGUGCAGGCGAUCCGGGCACAGGGAUGGCUGCCCUAAUGGAACUUGUCCGACUGUUUGGAAGCCUUAGAAAGAAUGGUUGGACUCCUGGGCGAACGCUUGUGUUUGCCAGUUGGGACGCCGAAGAGUUUGGCAUGGUGGGCUCCAACGAAUGGGUGCAGGCACACGAGCAGGAGCUCUAUCAUCGCACAGUGGCAUACAUCAACCUGGAUCAGGCAGUCUCUGGAAACAGCUCUCUGUAUGCCCUGGCCAGUCCUUUGCUGCGUCAGGCAUUGAAGGAAGCUGCAGAACUGGUGCCCUGCCACGAAGGCGCGCACACGGAGAUGAGUGUCUAUGACAUGUGGCGGAUGCGCAAGCCUCGCGUGCCCAACAAUUCGCACGCGCCACCACUCAUAAUGCCUCCUGCAUCAGGCUCGGAUUUCGCUUCCUUCUUACUCAGCCUUGGAGUCGCUUCUGCGCACCUCCAGUUUGUGGGAAAAGAUCCGGCAUCGGACUACCCAGCUUACCACACGGCAUACGACACAUACGAGAUGGUGGUGAACCAGACCGAUCCGGGCCUGCGGUCUCUGGCCAGCCUAGUGCGGGUGGUUGGCGUGCUUCUGCUGAAACUGGUGGACUCGCUUCAGCUGCCCAUGCACGCGGCUGACUACGCCGAGCAGAUCCGCCUCGACUACGUCGUCUUCGAGAAGACCUACGGCUCGCUGCUCAAGGAUCACAACAUUGAUCUCGAGCCACUUUCCAAGUCAUUGAUCCAGUUUGAGCAGGCAGCGCUGAACUUCCACGACAACUACGAGGAGAUGAACAAAAAUAACUUGUUACUGGCUCUUCAGGAGUACAAUGAUCGGCUGAUGCAACUGGAAAGGGCGUUUCUCCUCCCGGCAGCUUAUCCGCACCACCCACACUACAGGCACGUCAUCUACGGGCCGGACGUGGACAGCGGUUACCGCAGCGUGCUGUUUCCGCACCUGACGGCGGCCAUCUCUAACGCCCGGCAGGACAACCAUUCUCCGAGCUGGAACCGCGUGCGCGAGUGCCUCUCUUACGUUGUCAAUGCCCUCCGGUCGGCCACCAACGUUCUCAGCAGCGCUGUUGUCAGCUGGCAUACUGCUGAGCUCUAAGUGGAUGCUGUGACGGUGCCCGGUUCAAUGUUCUCUAUAACUGUCCAUUCCAUCCCUCCCAGCUAUUGCUGCUUUCCAUCCAAGCACACUAACAUCACGUGUACAUUACAACUCAAGUUAUUGUAUGUGAACCGACACACAUUGCAAGCUUAUUUACGUUAUGAACCAAAGUUGUAGUUCUCGGACUUCUUUUUAUGUUCCUUGUGCUGACUACCUUUUUGCAUUGCAGAUUGGUGGUUUAGAAUAUCAUUAAUGUGUGAAUAGGAUUAAAAAGUAUCUUGGUGCAAACAAUAUUAGGCAUGGCAGUUUGAAGCUUCCAGCUGCAAAUGGGUACAUGACAAUAUUUCCCUUUUAUAAUGCAUGCAAUGAAGGGAUUUAUUUGCACGCUGCUACAAUUUCCUAAUCUUUCAAGGUUCUUAAUCCUCACUUAGAGUAAUGUCAUUGCACUAGGUAUAGUGAUAUGUCUUUUUUUUUCAUCAAUGUUCAUUGCAUCAAGACAUCCUUUUGGCUGGUUUUGCCUCUCAGCAUCAGCAUUAACAUAAGAGCAGAAGUGUUUGUUGUUGUCUAGCAUACCAAAGUUGUAGUUUAUUCACUGCUCGCAUUCUAAAAUUUUGCCGGCACCCCUGAGUCACAAAUUCACAUAUUGCAUAACUUCUUAGCCAUCCUUGUACUUAAUGUGACUCUAAAGGGCAGCUAUGAUUUAGUUAAAACCUGUAUAGUAUUAUUAUAGAGUAUUGUUUUAGUUUGUUUUGCAGAAAGGAGUUUAUUCCUGGUAAAAAAAAAAAACUUGCUUGUGCCGAAUUUUACGACCAGACCAGAGGGCUGGUAUGUCACUGCAGCAUCACUGAUUUCAGUACAUAUUCACAUGAUUUCAUAGUAAUUAUGCAAAAAAGAAAAUUAUACAGAGUUGAAUCUGUGGUUUAUUUAGAAUGCAACGGAACCUUAUUGUACAAACAGAGCUUACUAUACUCUGACAAGUGCACUGUCAAAAUCAACAAUAUUGCAGGAAAAUAGCACUGGUAAUUUCAAAACGUUAUCAUUUAUUGCCAAGUUCUCGCUCACGAUAUUGAUGACAGUAAUCACACUUUGCUCGUGAUGUUUCUCGUAUCCGAGAGAGCCAUCUUACCCAGACAUUCCUUUGCAGUGUUUCUUCAAGCCUUGCUGUCGUCAUGGUCACCGAUAUAAGAUAAUAUCUCAAAUGAGCCAUUGACUAUUCCUAUCACAUUAUCCAGUGCAUUAGCUACAUAAUCCGGUGUGGUGUUUUGUUUACCCUUAAUUUUGUCCUGUUCAUCACAAUGUCCCUCAAGCAACGAAUCACAUUAGCUGCUCAUAUAUAUUACACUUAAAGCAUAACAGACGAGCGAUACAUGUGGUCAGGCUUGUACUGACCGAUGCACCUUGCGAUUGGAGUGUGUAGAUGCAUUCGGGCUGAACUGCUGCUAGUUGAUGCAAGAUAUGUAUUGCUUUGUGAUUUCGAUUGGUCAAUCGCUUGAGCUUGCAAUAGUCUGUGCUAAUGGCCAGCAAGGUUUUGAUGAGUAGGUUUAUUGUCGGUAAGCCCAGCACGGCGGUUUCAAUUCUUGCAGGUUUUUUUUUGGCAACACUGCAAGGUGUUGCAGAAAAAAAAAGAAAUUUGUCAUUUUGUACAUAACUUAACCACAAAGCACCAUGUUGUGUCUUUGGUGAAACAUUUUGAUUUGACACAGUUUGGAGUUCAGAUAUUUUGAACACUUUGUAACUACAGAGUCAUUGCGAUGCAUACCUUCAAACUGAAAAAUGUUUCAUGUAUUUAUGUGUGAAUAUUGCCAAAAGUUGGCAAAGUGCAUCUUUUAUGUUAGCCCUUGAAACCUGUUCCUUACUAUUCAAUCAAUUUCAUAAAAAUUUACAGCCAUCAAUUUCCCCAUCACUUUUAAGUAUCAUUAGUCAUGUUGGCAGCUUCCACACAACACACAUUUACUUGCCUGCUCGUUCUACCAGCUGUUUUUUACUUGUCUCUAUUUAAGAUUGUGUUGCUAGUUACUCGAAUCAGUGUAUGUUUGUCACAACAGUACCAUUUGGGCUAGUUGUUAUGUCAUAGGGGGAUAUAAUAUUGUGCACAAGGGACAGAGCCUCGGGAAAAAAUGAUGAAACACACAAGGCGCAACACUUGCACCUACAGAUACAUCAAUACCACUUUACAUACAUAACUAGCUAUGGGAAUCACAGGGAAUCUUGUCUUGCACUUCUGUCAAUAUUUGUGAGCACUUAAGCAUGAAUAUUCAGUUAUGCAACGUCAUUUAUUGACCUGUAAAUGUCACAAAGCCAGUAUUGGCUGUGCAGAUUUGAAUUGUUAAGGCCUGUGUUGCCCCGUGAAAGGGCAACUUUCCAAAACUGAAGCCAAGUGAAAUUGACACGGGAAGUAAAAAAAAGAAAAGGUAGUCACGGGAACGAGCACUCCUUAUAGGUGAGAAUUCAAUUGUAAGAAUUCUUGUGCAGGUAUUGCACAGAGCACUAUUCGAUCUCAAUUGCUAUUGAGCGUAAUUUCAAUUCAGCUUCUUGGUUACGAUUGCCUUGUUUGCUUGCGGUGCAGGAGGUAGCCAAUUGAGGUCAAGAAAUUUGAUCGGAAUCGUGAUGAAAAGUGCGCUUGCAACAUCCAUAUCAUAUUAACUACUUUGUCUGCCCGCAUAAAUUUACCACUUAUUGUAUAUGAGGUGAAAGCGAGGGCACUGCAAUUGUUGCACAUUCCUGCCAUUCAUCUCUCUAAGAAAAAUAAAUGAUGCGCGAAUCCUUGUGAUGCCAAAGGAUACAGAAAUGGACAAUAUUUGAUGAAAGAAACUUCAAGCACAUUUUGAAUGUUACUUUGGCUAACUAAUAAAGAAACCAAAGGGUAAAUGGGAUGCAUGCUUUUGCAUUCAUCCGGCCUUGAGCACCUCCUAUUUUUGUCCCAGGCUGUAUUAUAACAAGGUUUAUUUUCUUUUUCUUCGCAUAACCAGGCUUAGUGUGGAGGGUCUUAGAGAACCUUUGGCUGAGUUUAUAACGUUGCCUAAUGACAUAUCUAAACUGUCUUUUGUGUAUGUGAGUGAUGUUUCGACAUGCAUUCUGGUGACGCACGACACAUUUAUGCCUUCAGACACAUUUAACUGGACAUUGGUGUUUCCUGCUUACGAAGCAAACAUUGGCACAAACAGGCAGCCACAACUCCUAAUGGGGCUUAUGACAGUGUGGUCAACUGCUAGAGACAUCACACAAGUCAUGACAAAAUUUUCUUCCUUGACAAGUGUAAAAGAAGUUGGUGUUGCAGCUAAUGCCCCUGGCAGGUAGAUGGGGCUCUGUUUUCUUGAACCUGUUAACCAGUGUCAUCACGGCUAUACUUCUACCAGCUGGCGAAGGCUAGAGAUGCCGUCGAUAGGUGACAGAAACCUUUUUGUGUUCUCUCUAAUGAUUGGCCACACCGUAUAACCAGGCAAUCGCAGCUGGUCCAGCCUCAAUUUUUAGGACACUGUUCAUUGCUAAGUCAUUUUUUUGCCUUGUGUUCCUUAUUUUAUCUUAUAGGACACUAUUUAAUUCGCUGUAAAGGCAGCUGGUCAUGUGGCGGUUUUUCGCAAUUAUUCUUUGUGUCAAGGACUACUAUAUAUGUAAUCACUGCUCAAUGAUCUGGGCCACAAUCUAGACUUCCUACACUUUUAAACUGUAGCGCGUGCUGAUUCUUGAGAAGGUUUGUGCAGAGUACUUUCGCAGUUUCUUUUAUCUGAGAAUUUGUCUACUUGUCCAAGUGCAUCUAUAUAAUUUGCCAUCAUUGUCCUAAAGGUACGGUAGCUUUGAGGAUGAAAGCGCCUUGACAAAAUGAAGCUCCGUUUGACCUGUGGAGUUUUAUGUCAAUUCUUUGCUCUUGAAGACCUGGCAGGACUGUUUCUUUGUGCGAGUUUCAAUGGCAGCCUGACACAACCUGUCUGGUGAGUCUCUUGGUAAUUGUUCAUCCCAUCAAUACAAAGAUGCAGUGUUACCACAGCAUUAGUGUAAUAUACAGCUACACCUUAUGUAUUGGUGUGCAUUUCUUUAUCAACCAAGAUUUUUAAGUGUUAGUGACACUCCGGUCUGCUGUGCUGUGAUAUCAAGCUGCGGGAGUUGUCUGUCCUUGCAUGUUUAUGGCUUGAGGCACUGCACAUUCUUCUACUUGAUGUGCUCACGUUAGACGCAGUGAGAUGGGGAUUUCACUAUUGAAAAACCACAGUUUGGGGAAGUGUUUUUACUCAUUCCACGCCUUCAUUUAUGGAAGCCUUACAUUGCCAGUUACUUUUGUGCAUUGCCAGUUACUUUUGUGCAGUUAUUCCCAGUUACUUUGGUGCAGUACGAGCGUUUCUUGUUUUGACACUGGGUUCACUGAGCAGUCAUGCUGCAGCUAAUUUAUAAUUGUGGAAUUACAAGCAUCAUUCUGCACCGUAACAUGGAAGAAAGUUUGGCACUGUUUUAAGAGUUUCGCUUAACAAAACACAUCUUGGUUCCUUAUUUUUUUUUGUACCACUAAUGCACUUAUAUCUUUGGCAUUUUCUGGGAAUUAUGGCUUUUCGUUUUUGCUCACACCAUCAUUCUCACGCAACUCGUCUCUGCUGAGUAGCUAAGCGUUCGACGGGUAGCUCAAGAUUUGUUCCCUGGUUGUCAGGGGUGGUUUUCUAAGCUCAUAGCACGGCAGCUAUUGGGUUCACUGUGUACUAUGUGAGUGCUAAUUUUACAUUUGUUUUGAUUGCUCUGUAUCACGCAGCCCCCCGUAGUGUGGUCGAAGCAUGAACAGUUACAAUUGCAUGAGACCAGUGCUGUACCAUUCAUCUACUGCUGUUUGCUUCCCAUUUAUUUUACCUUUGCAUAUUUAGUACUUGUAUUCACUGUAUAUGAGUUUUCAGCGACACCGUUAGAUAUUUCAAUGCUUACACCUUUCCCCUUGCUGUAUAACCAACCCAGUGAGCUAAGGGCACCGCAGCAAAAGCUCAUUUUGCGUGUAUGCCGAAUGGUUCUUGCCAGCAGAUGCUGACAGCCUGUGAGAACGUUUUGGUGGCCUGGUUUUCUUGCGGCCAUUGAUUUAACAUCCCAUUGUCGUCGAACGUGUCGACUAUAACGAACACGCAAAGCAUUGUCCAGUUUUGCUCUUUAUUUCUGCAAGGCACUGUUCUACGGUGCUGGGUGUGUUUACCCAGAAGUGAAAGUGUAUUGCUGGAAGUGACCAUUUGAAAACAAAGAAAAACCUUGUUCAUGAUGUUUUAAAAAAAAAAUGUGUUAUACAUGGAGUUUUCGGAUGCGGCUCCACCGGAGUGUUCUUCAUGUUCUCUGGUAUGUACAGAUAGAUAAUGUGAUUUACCUGUGUAUUCAUAAGCUCAGUGUUGUACAUGUAUGGGUCAGCAUGCUUUUAAAGCGUCCUUGGGAAAAAAAAAGGAACAUGUACUCUCUCCCUUAUGAGCUUUAUAAGCUCAUUUGCAAGCAUAUAUAUAAGUGACAAGAUAAUACAUGAUGGAGAAGCAUCAAACAAGUUCUCUAAUGUACAUGUCCAAGCAAACCUGCCCGUUCAACCCCCUUCAAGAAAAAAAAAAAACGUUCAUACGUAGACUAUCAUGCCAUUCCCUCCCAUUGUUAGCUCAAAUGUUAUCAUUACAAUGUAACAAAUCAAAAGCUUGAAUUUUCAAAGGUUUUAUGUUUAGUACAUUGUGAGCUAGCAGACAAUGUUAUUUCUCUGCUGAGUCUUUCACCAAUUUUUAUGCAAUGUAAACAUCCAAAGCAUGCGUGCCAAAGGCAGCCAAUCAUUUCAGGACCGAAGCGUCAUUCCUUCUUCUUGAUGUUGUGCUAUCUAUCUGGGUGUCAUGUGCGAAUAUCGCUUGUGUGUAAUCCUUUCCACUGCACCUAGAUGUCGUAGCUUAUGCCUUGAGUUUGUACGAGAAUAAUAGUCUUCUUGGCCUGAACAAAGCUUUUCGUAGAACAUUGAGUUCUCUACGAAAAUUACCUGGGAGAACUUUGGUGCUGUUACUUCGUUACUAUACCAUAAAGAAUGCUAGUGUGCGCCAUCUGUUAUGCAUUAUCUUGCAAUGCCUUUAGGCUAUCGUGUGCUUUAGUUUCGUUGUAUAUGCAUUAAUAACCACAAAUUGUUUAUCAUUUUGUUUUAAAUAUGAUUUGUUUUGAAAAUUAAAGACAGAGCAAAUUGAACCCAAAAGGAUGAAGUUUGGGCAAGAUCAUAUUACCCAUUGUGCACUUGCUUACAGCUUCCACAGACCAGGGUUCUCCGUAGUAAUUUUUAUAGAAAACUCUGCUCAUCAGACAGCUGAGUCGGCACUAGCACAUGGCGCAUUUUCAAAUGCUUUAGCAUUAUUGACAUUACACAAAGAAGUUUUGUAUCUCUAUACAGUGUUGAUCAUCACAUAGAGUGCUAAGAGGUUGUUUUAUGAGUGGUGUUUGAAAGUAGUUCACUGUAGUAGAUUGACUCUAUAUAGGAUCCUCUUGCACAUAUGUGUAUGUGGUUGUGAAGCACACGCAAUAUUUAAACCCAAUUUCAGCUUUUCACAUCCCGGUGAGUCUCACUUUUUGCUUCUUUUUCAGGUUUGGUUCUGAAAUGUCAAGAUCUAUAUAUGUGUGUGCACAUUUUUAACGAAAGUGUUACAUCUCACAUCCAAUGAUUCCACAUGACCGUGUGGGUUUUCACGUGAAACCCCAAAUGUUUCUGUUCAUUGUAUCAGGAGAGUCCCAUACGAUCCACAUUUUUUUUUAGCUGUUACAAAUUCCAUACACAGUCUCAUACCGAUAGAAUGUGUGAGAUUCCUUCAUUCUUAUAUGGAUAUUCACAUACGCAUAGAAAGGCAUCUCACGAAACUUUGUACAACCCCAUACAUUUGCAACAUGGGAUGAAUCUCGCAUGAUAUAUGAAAACACGCCAUUUUUGACGCUUUCAUGUGGAGUUGUUGGAUGAGAAGCCUGUGGAUAUUUUUCAAUAAGAACAGUUACAAGGUACCUAUUGUAGGGGCAGGAAAAAGACAAUGGUUGUAUCGUUGGAAAGUUUUUCAGAAAGUUUACCCUACUUCGUUUCUACGAAUGAUGUACUGGGCAAGUUAUAUCGCUUGCAAGUUGUUUGGUACAAUGGAAGGUCUAUUGAGAGUAAUCUUUUGUCUUUUUUUUUUAUUCAAAGUUUACUUCUGUUGUUAUUACUACUUUUCCUUGAAUCUGAAUGUAUUAUGCAGUGGCUUCUUAAAACAAGUUCGGUUGCUGAGGUGUAUUAUAUGCGUCGCAUACACUACUGGGCGUUGGCACUUGAAGAGAGGCUGUGAGGAAAACAUCUUGGUAGGAAGCGCAGCAACUAUUACACAUAAGUGUUUGUGUUGUGUGUUCCGUGUAAUAGUUGCUGCGCUUCCUACCAAGAUGGAUUCAUACCAACUGGCCCGAUACAAUUGCUUUUGUGAUGAAAAACUGUUCAGAGUGAAUUCUUCCCUCGAUAUGUGAUAGACAACAGUAUAUGUAUGCAUUCGACUUUUGUUUGUGUGACUACAGUUUUUUAGUUUUAAAAUAAUUACUCCCUGUUGCAAUUAUUUGAAACACACACUCGCAAGAUGAAUUUUCUCCAGUAAGACUGUUUUAAGAAUGAUUUUAGUAAAAAAGUGUCCUAAAAUUGUUCAACAGAUUUUUUUAUGCUGGUGACUUUCUUAGUAAAAGAGCUGUAACCUGUGAUACCUGACUUGCUGGUGGCGAGGAAGGGGUGGUGGCAAUAAGGAUUUUAGACUGUCAAGCCUCUGGAAACUUGUCUAAAACUUUUUGUUCAGAGACGUUUUUGUCUUUAUUCUUUUUUUUUUUUGUUUAAUGUGUGAUAUACGUGAUGGCAGCACAGCCAGUAUUACCAAGAAGCAGUGACAGAAAUUUUCGCAGUUGUCAAAGUGGUAUCCCACACACCUGGCACGAAUGAAAAAAAACAAUUGUACAUCUUCGAAGUUUCAAAACCGUACCUUGUGUGUUAUUGACACUGCACGGGACGUCAUAAGACAAAUUAAAAUUUUUCACGUUGUGUUGCUUUGAACCUUGGCACUUUGACGUCACUCAUGAAAAAAACAGAAGUGCUCCAUGUUUUUCUUCUUGCUUUGGUUGUUUGUUGCAGCUGCAUUUAAUUUCCAAAAUGGAGCGAAAACUAUUUCAUUUGCUUCUUUCUGAAACCUUAGUGAGUUCAUAGAAAAGUUAUUUCAUUAAAUUUUCUAGGCUGCUGUCAUCCUUACCGAUAGUUUUUCCAGAGUUUAAAGAGCAUGGAAUUUAACGUACGCAAGAAAAAUUGCUAGUCGAAAAUGCUGUCACUGCUCUUUUAAAAAGAUGAUACUGAAAAUGUGCUUGCCUGAGCUGAUGUGUUUCCCUUUCUCAUGUUUAAAGUUCAAAUCUCUUCUCUAUUAUUUUGAAAUGGUUAUGUGUGUAGUCAAGAGAAUGAACUCACAGAGGACAAUUGUCAAAAGUUUUUUUACUAUUUGUGUUUUACAUGGUGUGUGAGGAGUUCGCUCUCUGUCUAGUCGUGAUUGUUGUUCUACAGAAGCGGGCCGACAUUGCUACCUUUGUUUAUGUAAUCCUCAACUUCUCAGUUAUCUCAUUCAAGGUGUGUCUGUUUUUAUGAUGACUUUUUAUUUAUAUUUGGUAUUUUCAUCCAUGCCUUUUAUGAAUGGUGGUGGUUGAUCAAUGUUCCAUACAUGUUGCAAAUAAAAUUCACUUUCUUUACACAAA